AUGGCAACGUUGUCGAAUUCCCCAUUUCCCUAUCGCGAGCGCUUUCACGUUCUCGUUUUGUGCAGUCUCUACUCGGAAGUGGAGGCGGCACGUCGAGUGUUGGAAUACGAAAGUGAGAGCGCGUUUGUAGAUGCUCACACCGAAGUGAUCACUGGUCUAUGCGUUUGUCGCAAUUGGAACGACAGUGGGCUCACAAUAGCGCUCAUAGGGCAGUCAGAUGUAGGGGGCAAGAAGUGCGCGUCGCGUCUCAUACACUUGACACGCCUUUUCCGUGUUGACGUGGCUGUGAUGACGGGCGUUUGCUCUGGUAUUGAACGUUAUCGCGGAGCAGUCGAGUACGGCACGGUGGUAGUCGCUAAGAGCACGUCGACGGAAGGAGAAGGACUGAAACGAUCCGAUGGAAAGUACGAAGCUCGUGGAGAUCCAGAGAAGAUGAACGAGGAUGUAGGCGUUGUCAUCGAGCAGGCAAUUGCUCGGCUGGGAGAGCGAAGUGACUGGUUGGCGACUAUACCGCGGAGUGAGAGACUUGCUAGUCCUCGAUAUGUAGAGGAGAUGAUGUUGGAUGAGGUUAUGAAGAGCAGCGACGGCGUUUCCAAGACAGAUCUAUUCGAUAAACUGGAAAGCGAGGAGAUAAUGAAAAAUUGGAGUAGGAAAAUGUUGGACAGUAUUUUGGAGCAAAUGGUGAAGACAAGGGGGUGGGUGAGCGUUGAAAGAGGAGUCGUCAGGUGCACUGCAAGUGGAGAAGAGCGUGAAAACAGUGCAUUUCCUUGUGCAGAUAAGAUCAGAGUAGUGAUUGGAGGGAUUGGGAGCAUUUCAUAUGAAACUGUGAAUCUUCCUAAUGACAUAGAACAGUACAAGAAGCGGAUGGCUAAUAGCCAGCUGAAAGGAAUUGACAUGGAGGCUUAUACCUUCAUGAGUCACUGCAAAGAAGUUUUUCCUGGAUGCGUGUGCUUGGUGAUGAAAGGCAUCAAGAACGAUGGAACUGCAAACAGACAUGAGUACUAUCAUCAGUUUGCUGCAUCAACACCAGUUGCAUUUCUGAGAUAUCUUUUAGGAUUGACACCGUUUCGCCAUCUGUAA